AUGUUGGGCCCAAGCACGAUACUUUCUUGGUUUGCCUUGAGCUUGGUGGUCAGCAAUGUUGUAGCGCUCGAUGUCACCGAAUUGUUCAACCUCCCUGCCAGUGGCAAUUCGUACGGAGACUGUUCUUCGUACAAGUCGAGGUUAACCAACUAUGUCGGCGAUUUCUCAACACUGGCUACACAAAUGCAUAAUGCAGUCCAAUGGGCGCAGCAAACGGGACAAACACAGCAGACAAUCGUUGCGCGGGAGCUCUUCACAUCCUGGUUUGGUAUUAGAUUUGACGGUAAUGGAGCGCUCCAUCCGGACAGUCAGACGGCGUGGAAUGUUGUCACGGAUCACAUUCAGCGCCUCCAAGACCUUAUCACCAAUGAUGGCGUGUACCAGGCUUGGACAUCUCCAGCGAAUCUAUUCUGUGGUGAUUUUGGAGAACCCUUUUCAUGGAACACUUAUAUGCUUGAUAGCGCAGGCGAGUAUGUAACACCCUUCACCUCAGUUGCAGAAGUGUAUGGAGACUGGGCGAGCUACAUUGGAGGUGAACAAGUACCAUACUGGGUUCCAUCGCUGAACGAGUACUAUCUCAUAUCCCCCACAACUUUUACGGCGGGUGCGAUGUGUUCUGAUACUAGUGGGUUGGAAGGGCUCAACUCCUUCGGCAAUUCUGCCUCCCUAAAGAGUUUAAAUCGUAAUGGGUUGAAUUAUCCCGUUUUUCGAAAACCACUUUCGGACUUUGUUUUGAUUUGCCCAAACAUGCUGAAGGACAACACACCCAGUGAUACCUCGGCUGGUAACACCCUGCUAAGUGAUAUUGGCGUUCUUACUGUGACGGCGGACUUGAUCGACAGGGCACAACUAAGUUUCAUCAAGCCCAGGUCCACCGUGAUGCUUCAUGAAAUCUUGCAUAUGGUGACCAGGUGGGAUCAGAGCGGAAACACUGUGGUAAGCGGACAAAACAUGAUUGUGGAUCAUAGCUAUCUUAUGAUGGACUGUCUCGCCUUGGCACUCGAUCCCUAUGCGCUUGGUACAUCCGUGGCAAAGUUUGCUUAUCAGAAUACUGAAAAUUACGUUCAUUUUGCUUUGGCUUGGUGGUACUAUAACUCGAAAACUGUGGGAACCGCGACCCCGGCCACCUUUUAUGCUGGAUUUCUUCAAAAGUGGGACCAUACCUAA